GAGACCAAGAUAAUGAGAGAGAGAGGAGAGAUAGAUUUAUAAAUUCUCUUUUGGCCAUCAUGGUUUUGGUGUUUUCCUUAGAAAUCAAACAAAGGAAAAUAAGAUCUAUGUAACAAGAGUUAAAAGUUUUGGACUAUAUUUGUUAUUAGUAGGUUUAUGUUUUUCUUUUAGAUUCAAAGUUUAGGUUAAGUUUGGUUUUUCUUGUCUUUUGGCCGAUUUAGAGAAAAGAAUCAGAGUUUGGUUGUUGAAUAUACCAAAGAUUUAGCUGUUUGCGUUUGGAGAAAAUUAUUUCUUGUUUUUUAGUUUGUACAGUUUCAUCAGUUUCUUGGAAGCUCUCUUUUGGUUUCUGGGCUUAAUAAAGUUCAAAUAUAUUAUCUAUAUAUGCAAGAAAUUUUAAAAAUGAUGCCUGGUCAUCAUGCUUUUACUUGCAUUCCAGGGUUUGCUCAUCUUGAUCAUGAGCAGAAUGCAAACCCUAACCCUAACACAAACUCUAAUCCAGCUACCAAGAAGAAGAGAAAUUUGCCAGGCACACCAGAUCCAGAUGCUGAAGUUGUUGCUUUAUCUCCAAAGAGUCUCAUGGCUACAAACAGAUUCUUAUGUGAAAUAUGCAAUAAAGGCUUUCAAAGAGACCAAAAUCUGCAGCUUCAUAGAAGAGGUCAUAAUCUUCCGUGGAAGCUAAGGCAGAGAACUAACAAAGAAAUUAAGAAGAAGGUUUAUAUAUGCCCUGAAAAGACUUGUGUCCACCAUGAUCCGUCAAGAGCUCUCGGAGAUCUCACCGGAAUUAAAAAACACUUCAGCAGGAAACAUGGAGAAAAGAAAUGGAAGUGUGAGAAAUGUUCAAAGAAAUAUGCAGUUCAAUCUGACUGGAAAGCUCACUCGAAGACUUGCGGUACUAGAGAAUAUAAAUGUGAUUGUGGGACUUUGUUUUCCAGGAAGGAUAGCUUUAUUACACACAGAGCUUUUUGUGAUGCCCUAAUUGAUCAAGAAAGUGCAAGAAUUAGUUCAUCAUCACCACCAACAACCAAUCUAAACUUCAGAAAUGAUCAUCAAACGGUAGCUAAUCUGCCACAUGGAUUUCAAGAUCUCGCUCCUCAAUUCGUCAGCAAUUCAAGCUUCAGACCAGAUUUCAAUCCUCUGUCCAAUUACUCUAGUCUUUACACUUCUCCAAGCUUGCCGGAGAUGGUUCAGACUUACGGCGGUUCAUCAAAUUUUGGUAAUUUAAGCUUAUCAGGAAUUAUAUUACCUCAUGGACUGAAGGAAGAAGAAGGCGGUAGCAAUAACAAUAAAGCUGAAAUGAUCACAGAUUCAUUACCGGUACCGUCACUUUACUCCGACGAUCAUCAAAACAGUCACAGAUCAAAGAUAAUUGCACCAAUGUCAGCUACUGCACUUCUUCAAAAAGCAGCACAAAUGGGUUCUACAAGAAGUAGUAGUAAUAAUAAUAAUCAGUUUUUCUUCGGAAGCAGUAAAUCAAAUGAGCUGCACCAAGUUUUCAGAAACGUUAACAAUUUAGCAGCGACGAAUUGUACUGUCGCUAUGGGUGAUGAUCAUGCUCUAAUGGCGGCAGCAGAAGCGGUAACGGCAUCAAGUGGUCUUGAUCAAGUAGUGUUGAGUGGUAAACGGAAUGGGUCGGUUCAGUUAAAUUCGAUAGAAAGUGGAUUGACCAGAGAUUUUCUUGGCAUGAGUGGUCAAUCUGCUGGUCGGCGGCCAUUUUUACCUCAAGAGAUGGCUAAGUUAGCUUCAAUGAGUUCAGCCAUGGGUUUGAGUCAAUUCACUACCUCUUAAGUUUUAACUCGUGGGAAUAUGUUGGGUUAAAAGAUUUCGCGGUUAAUAAACUAUAAUCUUUUUAUACUUUAGGUUUUCAUUUAUUUAAAACGGGAUGUUACUAUCGCAAUUGCAGCUAAUAAUUCUUGAUAGUUUGCUGUCCCGCUUA